AGUCAUACGACAAAAAUUGGGAAAGCCAAUGCUAUUCACACAACGUUUGCCCUUCAAAAUCGUUCCAAGUCUAGUUACAGCGGGCAAGUUUUGUCGAGGCGAGUCGAGUUUGGUUUUCGUGACUCCGAGUGGUAAAGUGAGUUACUUCAGUGUAAUUCAAUAUCGUGCUGUUCAGCUGGUCAUCCACUGGGGCUCUAUCGAUGGGAACCCAUCAGGGGAUGGUGAAAAUUGUCAAGUCUUAACCGUUUUGCCAAACUUGUGUUCAUUGACCACCGGCAGAUUUGAUUUUCAAGCUGAUCAUGACCUUUUACUUUACGGAUCCAAGAGCGGUGUGGUGGCAUUUGACCCGCAACAAAAUGUAGAAGUGUUCUAUAAUGAGGUACGCUCAUGGGGCUUGUCUGCUUACACCUUGAUUACGUUUCAGUAUCGUGAUGGAGCCAACUGCAUUGGAGUGUUUCCAAAUUUGACCUCAAAAGACGAAUCUCUUCUAGUUGUUGGAGGCAACUGUUCCCUUGUGGCGUUCAACCGUCUGGGUGCUGAAGUGCUGUGGACAGUCACUGGUGAUGUGGUUUCCUCUUUAGCCUCCAUCGACGCCGAAUUGUCCGUGGAAGAAGCAUCACGCGAUUUGGUUGUGGGCUCAGAGAACUUUUGCAUUAGAAUAAUUCACAAAGAUGCAGUUCAGGACGAGAUAACUGAAACCGACCUGAUCUGGUCAAUGUCAUCUUCCUGGAUGGGGACCUCGAGACGGGCCAUGGAAAUGGUUAGAGACAUUGUCAGACAUGGCCCAGCCGCUCUCUCAAUGGCGCUGAUGCAUCCAAGCUAUUGCCUUCAAUGCACAGCCUUCUUUCCAAUCCUUCUCCCUAACAGUCCACCUACGGUGCUGUAUUUACGCAAUAAUUUAUCAGUUCCCGCCUCCAAUGCACAGCUACCUAUCCCACCUCCCCGAAUCAUCGGUGAACGAAACCGUGGCAGCUACAACCACUGUACGACAAUAACUAACCUGACUUCCCUUGGACAAGGGUACUUCGGUUAUGGUCUGCGCAAUGGCACCGUUGGUGUGUAUAAUCGGGCAGUCCGAGUUUGGCGCAUCAAGGGUGACGACGUGAUGUCAGUUUAUCUAUCAAGGCCAGAGUCUACACUGCAGCAGUGCGAUCCAUACUGCCUUAUGGUUCAGAGACGUAGCCUCUACCCACUGAAAAUAUACAGAAAACGUCAAUGUUUGAUCAUCGGUGUCUUCGAGGUAUUACGCGGGCCUGGUAGGAACAUCGGAUCAGCAAUUCUUAGGUUACGCCUGUUAGAAAAUGCACUUCUCGUGCCAGAGCUCCUUACACCAUGCUUUGUGCUGAGUGGAAGUGACUGUGAGGUGGACAGCAUGUGGCCAGGCAAAGGAUGUAAAAGUAAACCGGUCUCCCUGGUUGCCUACGAUAUUAAUCAAGAUGGCUGUUUGGAACUGAUUUGCGGCUGGGCCAAUGGAAAGGUGGAUGCACGUCUCCGAGCGACCGGCGUUGUGGUAUUCAAGACACAGCUGGAGUCACCUAUUGCAGGCUUGGUUGUCGCUGACUACGCGAACUACUCCAACAUUAUUCUGGUAUGUUCAGUAGACGGGGAAGUCCAAGGUUAUGACCAGUGUGCAUCAGAACCAGGGGUUGAUUCGGCCGCCACAGAAGAACUUUUACGUGAGCUGAACUUACGAAAGCAGCAAGCAUUACUACAGUUGCACCAACAAACUGAAGGUAGUCGGAUGGAGCACACUGGUUCAUUGGAUGUGUUGGAUGAUGGGCCAUGUAAAGUACAAGUACGUCGGACAUGCACUGGGCACAAAAUAGAUUUAGAAAUUGUUGAGGUUUUGAGACUAGGAGUAAAGUCACGUCACAGAGACCGUCAGCCGGGGCGAUAUAAAUCACCAAGUAUCCCAGUCUGUCGGAUCACUCACGACCCCACAAAGACCAGAAAAAAUCAACCAGUUGCAACCGAGGUGAAUCAUCAACUGAAGAACCCUGAAGUUGCUGAAAAUUCGUCGACAGCCCACUAUCGGUUUCGCCCUUCUUGGGGCUCAUCGGGUAGGCGCAGUCCCCACGUUUCCGCCAACUUCAUGUUCUACUUGAAACCGAAUCUCACGAAAUUAGCGAAAUAUACUCAUUUGCGAACAAAUUUCGCGGAUACCUCACUGCAGGUCUACAUGGAUCAUGAUGCAGAAGAAAGAUGUGUUCAGCUCUAUGUGAAGUCUAACAAUGAGACUCCUCUACGAUGUCUACUACUGUUUGGUGAAGGAUUGUUUCCGGAAUGUGAGAGUCGCAUCAUUUACCCUCGAGAAAGUGCUACUUUCCCCUCCGGUUACGUGGUGCAAUUGAGGCCUCCAAGAAACCUGCCGGUUGAUUUAUUCGUUAAAGCUUACGCCAUUCCUGCGGUGCGAAGUACGGAACAGUCUUUGUUUCAUGUCCUCGGUGCUACUGUUCUCCUACCGCGGUUUUCCAUGUAUCGAUUGAUAAACGAAGAUGAAGCAGUCGAACUUUCAAAACCAGUCGGUGGAGUGCAGUUUUUUCUCAGUGAUCGACCGCAGCGUCUCAUCGGAUGGAUUCAAGGAAAUUUCAUUGUCAAUGAAGAACCACGCAUCAACAAAGGCGGUAACCUGAUCGUAUGCUUCCAGGCCUUGCGACAAUUCGAUGACCCUGUUCCACAGAAUGGAGUUGACGGAGAAGGGAUUCUGUCCAAUCUGAGUGCCAAAUCAAGUCCUACCAUAUGGAUCAGAAUGUCCGCUAAAGGAGAGGUUACUAUGCAGCUGGACGACAUUGAAACAGCUUCGGACAUGAUUCAGUCUAUCGCAAAACAGUUCAACCUUACCAACUUGUCCAGCACCUGUAACUUCCCGAUGGCUUUUGCUCAGUUAUCGCAUGCUAUCCAGGCGUUCUACAAAGCUUGUUCUUUAUUGUUCCAGGCAGAAGCUCAUAGUGCAACACGUGAACAGAUUGUUGCUGAUUUGGCCGAGAAGAUGGAACAGUUGAAAGUGACUCUGGUGAAGGCCGAAGGUCACCGGUUGACGUGUAACUGGGCCUCUGCAAAAGAGAUGUACACCGAACUGCUUCAUGCCAACCGCCAGCUAUUGGCUAGUUUCAAUUCAAGGUCAAGCGAAUAUCAGCUGUUGACGGAUUACCAGAAACGCAUCAAUCAACUGAUUGAGCAAGCUAGUUCGCUAAGAGGUAGGUGUUGUACUUUUGCCAAACAUGUUUGUAAAUACGGGAUGAAUGGACUUUAUCAACGUGGACACAGAAAGAAUAACAUCUUGGUUGGAAGUGACCCAGAGUUGUCUAUACGUGUAAACUCCCA